AUGCCUUAUCAAGAAUUAUAUGAAUCCAAUAAAAAUUAUGAGAAUGAAAAUGAUGAUAUUAAUUACAAUGAAAUAACUAAUAAUAUGCUAGAAAAAAUAGACAAGCAUAUGAGUGAAGAAUCAUCUGUUUUUCCUAAUUACUCAGAAAAUAUAGACAAAAAUGCAGCUGCUAACUUAAAUGAAGAAAAAAAUGCAACAAAUGAGCCAGCUCUAUUAGGAAGUGAAAAAGAUAUUAGUCAAGAAAAUGGAAUAAAUAAGAAUAUAGCGCAUGCUUCAUUAUACCCUCGUAGGGUAAUGACAGCACUAGGCCCAUUGCCUUUACCAGAAGAAUUUAAAAAAAAUAUACCAGAAAAAUUUGUUGCAAAACCUAUAAUUGAAGAAAGAGAAAUAUAUGUGUCAAAAAAGGAAAGAAAACAAAGAGAAAUAGAAAUCCCACAUGUUAAAUAUGAGCAUUCAUUUGAAAAAAUCAAAAAGCAAUUCAAAGUUAGCAAAUUAGUACCAAGCGUUUCACAGGUAAUAAAAGAAGUACCAAAGGAAGUAUUAAAACCAGUAAUUGAAGAAAAAAUAAUUGAAGUUCCUCAAGGAGUGAAAUAUGUUGAAGUUCCAGUAGAAGUACCAUGCUUAUAUCCACCUAAAAUAGUACCUAAAGUAGUAACACAAUAUGUAGAAAGAAUAGUAGAGACCAUUAAACCGGUGGUGCAAGAAAAAAUUAUUGAAGUUCCACAAACAGUUAUAAAACAAGUACCAAAAAUUAAAACAGUGGAAGUACCUUAUUAUGUACCAAGAUACGUAGAAAAAAUAGUUGAAGUACCUUUUAAGCCAAAUGGAGAAAUGCCCAAAUUAGGUACUAAUGCUCCCUUCUCCAUUUCUGAAUCUUUGCCACCUUUAAAGCCAACUCAUUUUCUAAAUAAUCACCAGUUUCCUAAUGAGCAAUUUUAUAUGCAGAAUUCAAUGUUUCCUCAAAUGAAUAAUUAUAGCAAAUCUCUUGAACAAAAUAUUAUGAAUAGCACUAUGCCCAUUAUACCUAAUUUAAGUAUGCCAACAAAUAUUUUAAAGCCUAUGAAUUCUAAACAAUCCUUUAAUAAUUCUCCUAUGAAUUUCCCCAUGAAUUCGAGCUCCUUUUUAAAUUCUAAUGGAGAUUAUAAUGGACAAGAAAAUUUAGCUAGUCAAAUAGAAAAUUUACCUCAUACACAUAAUUUACCAGAAGGCUUACAAUGGCACUAUCCAGAUGGAGUAAUGAACAAAACAAUAAUGAAUAACAGAUGCGUACCUCCAUUAGUUGUUACUUGCCCUCCAGAAAUUGGAAGAGUUACUUGUUCUCGUAAAGAUAUUCAACCAGAUAUUUUAACUAAAACAGGUGUUUACGAAUUUGACGGAUUUAAAAAAAAAGGAACUUCUCAAUCCCUUUUUCCUCCUUUAGCUCAUCAUGAUCAAGUCCCUUUCUUACCUCCACCAGCAGCACCAGGGACACCUGAUGUCAGAACUAUUGAAAAUAACCAAUAUUAA